AUGAGUAAUAGUAAUGGUAAUGAACCGAAAGACAUAUCACAACAUUACAUAACUGACCCGCAAGCAAAAAUUCGAGAAUACGCUACGCAGACUUCGGCGUACAGUGUACCAGAAAAACCGGCGUCUGAACUUUAUGAGGAACAUAUUCGUAAACAGAAUCCUCAAUAUGGGAAACAAAGCAAGAAACAGGACGAUUUUAUCAGGGAACUUAGGGAUCAAGGUUUGACACGAACUCAGCGCAUUGCAAAUCAAUUUCAACAGCCGGAAGUCAGGAACAUAAAACCGCCGGCGUCUUUUAACAACGUCGUUGAGCAGAAAAAUCGUUUGGGCAACGAUAAAAUUGAUGAAAUGAUACGCGAUAUGGAAUGGAAGAUGAAAACAGGAUUCAAUACUGACAACGAAAGUUAG